AUUUAUCGUCCCCUUAUCUCCCAUCUAAUCUCUCCUUGUCACUUAUAUCGUCGUGUACAAGGCGACGCUUUGCGACGCAUCGCACGGAACUAUGGCGACCAUGGCUAACCACGACCGUGCGACUUCCCAGGCGACCUGCCAAAACUGCGAGACGCACACCACCCCGCUAUGGCGACGCGACGAGACAGGCGCAGUCCUCUGCAACGCCUGCGGGCUCUUUCUCAAGCUCCACGGCCGGCCCAGGCCCAUCUCGCUCAAGACGGACGUAAUCAAGAGCCGAAACCGUGUCAAGUCAAUACGGCCCGACCUCGCGAAGCAGAAAAAGGCACAGGCGCAGGCGCAACAACAACAACACCUGGCCCAAACGGGUGACAUGAACGGCGCAGACCUCAACGCUGUCAACGGUGCCCGCAGGGCCUCGCAAAAGUCGGCCAAUGGCGUCAUGGACGACACAAACUCUCCAAUCUCCCGUACCGGCACGCCCAACCUCUACGCAUCGCACAUGGGCCCCAUGUACCAGAACCUCGAGGACCAGUUUCAGGCCCAGCAGCUAUCCGGGUUUGGCGGGCCCGACGGCCGUGCCCCGUCGCCAUUGAACGGCGACCGGCUCGACAUGCCGCAGACAAACGAACAGAUCCUCGCCACUAAUGCGAGCUUGAAGACGCGCGUCAGCGAGCUCGAGGUCAUCCAGGAACUGUACAGGGGUAGGAUCCAGCAGCUUGAGCAAGAGGAAGCGAACCGACAGGCACAAGAGAAGAGCAAGACCGAGGCCAACGAGCAGCUCCACACCCAACUCAGCGUCAUGAACGAGUCGCACGCGCAGCUCCAAAAGGAGCUCGAGGAAAGCCACCGGCGAGAGAACAUGCUCAAGCGAAGACUCGACGAGCUUGAGGUUGAACUCAAGGACGCGAAAGAGUCGCUUGACGUCCAGGACAACGGCCGUGCUAAAAAGCCCCGCCUGAAUGACGCUGCGCCUACCACUGAGGAGGCGGAGGCAGAAUUAACCUCCCUGCCGGCGUCAUAGACCGAUUCCGUUGGGAUGCACUUCGAGGACUAUCUGGCCCAAUUUACUCCAUUUGCUGGCUAUGUCUAGCUUUGUUGUCGAUUGUGUGCUCCUCGGUCUAC